AUGGCGGCUAAGAAAACACAUCACUAUGGUGUUGUCGUCCUCACGCCAGACCGGAUCGGAGACAGGGAGCGACACAAGAGGAAGCGGGCUGGAGGGGUUUGGUCGGAGGGCAGAAAGUGGAAGACUAGCCGUUUGGGAAAGAUCAUCGGUAGUUGGAGCAAGAGGGCGAGCAUUAGCAUCACUAGCAGAAAGGUCCAUGGCGGGGAGCUCGCCGUCCUCGCUGGUGAUGGGAAGGGUCUCAGAGGAGUUUUUGUUAAAGGUGUUGCUUCAGUGGCUCGAGCAACCGUCAUGUCAAGAGCUUCGGUGGCAUUAAACGUGUGGCAACCACAAGUUGUUCAUGGGCGUCAGAAACAGUUGGUUCAGCAAUGCACUGUUCCUGUUGAUUCUCGUCUUAGUGCUCUACACAUGGAGCUGAAAGUUUGUAAGCAACAAAUAGCAACUUACAAGAAUGCUUACAACAAGGAGAAGCUCAAGUUGAAUGAGUAUGAGGAAGCAUUGAGACGAGUUAAAUAUCAUCCUAUGCAGAAUAGUAGUGAUACAAGCGCAUCUGGUAAUGAGCCACAAGCAAAGCGGAAGAGACUGAACCGCCAGCUACUCCGUGUGGACGCCAGCUAUUUUCAGAGCAGAAUAGUCCGGCCCUGGUGCUUGCCCGUCACGAAAUUGUGGGCGGUCGACUAUUCUAUCUACAGAAGAAGGACGACUGGUCCGAUUGGAUUUCUUCAGCUGACCGUUGGUUUCUAG